AUGUGUCAACGUACAAUACGUAAUCCUUUUCUUUGUUUCUUUAUUCUUGUUUUAACGCUAGUUAUUAUUAUACUUACUUUUCGUAUAUCAACUCUUCAGCAAAAAUGUUUAUCACAACAAAAUAUAGUUCAACAACAACAAAAUAUAAGUUACAAAUUAUUAUUAGAAAAACCAGUGAUAUUUAUUGGUGGAAUGCCACGUAGUGGUACAACAUUAAUGCGUGCUAUUCUUGAUUCACAUCCAGUUGUUCAUUGUGGAGAAGAAACAAGAGUUAUACCAAGAAUAUUAAAUAUGAGAGCAGCAUGGAAGAAAUCAGCUCUAGAAUGGAAUAGACUUAUGGCUGGUGGUAUGACUGAAGAAAUGAUUGAUUCUGCUAUACGUGCCUUCGUUUAUGAGAUUCUUGUUCGUCAUAAUCAAUAUGCUGAUGUUCUUUGUGAUAAAGAUCCAUUUGUACUUAAAUAUGCAUCAUAUAUAGCAUCAAUAUUUUCUAAUGCAAAAUUCCUUUUAUUAGUACGUGAUGCACGUGCUGUUAUACAUUCUGUAAUUACACGUAAAGUAACAAUAACUGGUUUUAAUUUAAGUGAUUAUAAACAAAAUUUUAAAGUAUGGAAUCGAGGUAUGGAAGCAAUGAUGGAUCAAUGUACAUUAGUUGGUAAAGAUAAAUGUUUACUUGUUUAUUAUGAACAAUUAGUUUUACAACCAAAAAAGACCAUUGAAAGUAUAUUGAAAUUUUUAAAUUUAACUUGGGUUGAUAGUGUAUUACAUCAUGAAGAAUUUAUUGGAAAGAAAAUAUCUCUUUCAAAAACUGAACAUUCAUCUGAUCAAGUUAUUAAACCAAUCAAUCUAGAAGCAUUAACUAGAUGGGUUGGUCAUAUUCCGGACGAUGUCAAAAAGGAAAUAGAUACAUUAGCACCAAUGCUUAAGAAACUUGGUUAUGAUACACAAUCAGAUGUGCCAACAUAUGGUGUUCCUGAUCAAUUAGUAGUGAAUAAUAUGAAUAAAUUGAAAGAAAAUGCUGAAUAUUGGAAUGCUAAAGCGAAAUCUUAUGCUCGUCGUUUACCCAAUGAUUCCAGUUUAUUUCAAAAUUAUACCAAACAUUAA